AUGAAAAGAAUCUUAUUGUCAAUAUUAUCUGUAGCAACUAUCUCAGCUACAAAUGACUAGCCAAAGUUCACCUACGAUGGGGCGGGAGCACCUAACGUUACUGAUUUUUAGAUUAAGGGCUAGCAGUCUGUAUUAGGUCUAUAGGAUUAUAUUUUCAACCUUCAAACCAACAUUCAAAGAGUCAACGGCGCUAAAAGAGCAAUAACUACUAUUAAAAAUAUCCAGUAAAUGAGUAGCUACUUCGCCUCUUCAGGCUAUGCUGCAGUUUUCUCAGAGCAAUAUAGCACAUCUUCUGUUGUAUCAGCUUUGCAAUACAUUCAAGACCAUAUGAAUUGGAUUUACGCUUACAACUCUACAAUAAAUAAUCUGCUAAAGGAUUAAAAUACGACCUGCUAUGAUAAUCUAUAUUCAAACUUCAAUACUCUUUCCUAAGCAACAUAGAUUUUGACUUCAUAUGCAACUGCAAAGCAGACCAAUUAAACUCUUGCAAGUAUAUAUGCUUAACAACUAAUCCAAAUAUGCAGCAAUUAUCAAUGUGAGAACGUACUUUAUGAUUUCAUUGCAAAUAUAAACUCUGAGUAUACUUAUUUCGAUUAGAAUUGUGAAAUGCCUCAGAGACUAUUCUAAGGUUCAAUGUAAUCUAAGAUUUAUAGAGGAAACAGAGACUAAAGUAUUAAUGUGGUUGGAGGCCUGCUUAAUCAAGUACUGAUUGCAUUAAUGGUUCAAUCAGCUUAUUUAACUUUAAGUCAAUUAAGACUAGAUGCCUGGGUGUCUGUGCAAGACAAAUAUGGACAAUAAAUUAAAGUUGCCUUUGAAAAUAUCAUGCAAUUUGACUAGAUACUUCAAACAAACUAUAUCCUUAACGCUGGGUAGAAUUUGAACUACCUAGGAUUCAAACCAGAUACUGAUCAACAGGUGAUUGCAGAUAAAGUGGCACUCUAUUUAUCCACCUACUAUCCUAACAAAUACUGGGUUGUAGCAGUAUCAGCCUCUGAUUUAGACAAUUAAGAGAGCUAUUAUGCUUGCUCAAAUUGCAUAGUUAUAUCCCAAUUUUAUCAAAAUUUCAACAUUCUCAUUCAAGGUAUUGAUCAGUCAGCCAAUCCAAAUGUCAAGCUUCUCAAUCAACAAGAUUGGGCCACCUAUGCUUAGACCUUUACUGAUGCUUUUAAUCUUGUUACUAACCUAAUCGCUCAGCCACAAUAUUGCUUCUAGAGUGUCCUUGCCAACUUCAAGAAUUUAAAGGUUGCUUUGAACGGAGGAACAUAGCAGAAUGUUUACCAUAAGUUCGUCACUGCGCCAAAGCAGUCUCUCUUGUUAGUUGUCUCAUCUACUAUCCUCUUAGUUUCAAUUGCUAAUGCCUAGGCUCCUUACGGCCAGGUUGUGGAGGGAGAUAUCGGUGAUGACAUCAAAGCUGGAAUAGAUACUCUAACAGCCAUUCAAAAAUUAGUUAAUUCAAUUGAGGAUCCUCUAUCUUUUUCGAAUUCAUCAGAUGCUGUAAUGGCUCAAAUGAAAAAUGUCAUGGGAAUGAUCAAUCAAAUAGCGUCUCCAGGCCUUACCUAUUAUGUCUAUGGAGAUGACUACAGAGCCAACUCAGCCUCUGAUAUAUUCUAAGAUACCUUUGACUCCCUUGAUUCUCUAAGUAACUACUAUUAAAACUAUGCAUACUACCUUUUAAAGGCCUAAAACAAGGGUUAUUGCUCACUAGCUCUAGCUUAAUAAUUCUAGGAUAUAGUUGACUCUUUCCAGGCACUUGAAGACUUUUUCCAGUACUAUACUUUUGGGAAUCCAUAAUAUCUCCAAGAGUAAUUUAUGCUGUCUUGUGAUAAUAACGUUUGCUCUAAUGCAAUCAUGUCAUUGAUUUCAAGCAUGAUAGGCGACUUUGAGAAAGUGGAGGAUAGUUGCGACAUCCUCUCUGCAUUAGUAGAUGGUAGUUCAGAUAGAGGAUUUUAUCAAGGUCAUCGAGAUAUGUUUACAAGUGUAGCUGCUUUUGGAUUCAGCAUGAUGGUAAUGGGUGUGACCAUGCAAAGUGGGUACUAAACAAUUAGCGAAUCAGACUAUGGCUAGUGGAAGGAUGUUCAAAGUCAAUACUCCCUACUUCUGAGUAAUUUCUACGAUAGAAUUGUAGCUUACGACUCUCUGCUGCAAGAUCAAGAAAAUAUUAACUGGAAUGCUGAGAGAAACUUAAGGCUAUUCUUGAAAGAGCAAGUUUAAGCAGGAAUGACUCACCAGGAUGUUAGUACUAAAAUCUAGGCAUACUUUACUUAGAUGUAUCCUAGCAGAUACUGGAUUGUCUAUACUUACGACAACAUUCAAGGAGAAUCUGUCAACUCCUGGAAAUGCAAGUACUGUUUUGCUGCUCUCAAUGUACAAGGCGCAUUUAACAUAUUAAUGGGAUCUGUGGAUAGAAAUUCUGUAGCAAACACUGCUCUGAUAAAUGAUCCAUAUUUUACUAGCUCUAUUAAUAACUACGUAAACCAAGCUAGUAUGCUAGUAAAUGAUUGGUUUAACUACGAAAGCAACUCAAACUGCUUAAUGGGUGUAUUUGCUACCUCUGGCAGCUAUUCAGGAGCAGUAGCUGGCGAUAAAGACUUUAAUGGAAUCAAGGUUCUUGAAAGCUAAACUUUGAUCUAGACCUCAGCUACAAUUUGGGCAGUUCAAGGCGUUUGCCCUCAUCAGCAACUCAUGAUUCAAAAAUCUCAAGUAAACGAAACAGAGGAAGAUAAAUUUGUGAGUAUCAGUGGUUUGAACUAUGACUAACUAUGA